GAUCCUCGCGCCCAUGGCGCAACCAGCUCAGGAUCAAGGUGACAGCGGGGUCUGGGAUGAUUCGGCGAUGAUGAUCGAGGCUCGGGUGGGCGCCAUGACGAGCAUCCAGCACACGAGCCUCCAGGCCACGACAGUGACCAUGCAGAGUAUCGGCGUAGAGCUUCUUGGAGUUCUUCAGGACUUCGGACAAGAAGCCACUCCGUACAAGGGUUCUUUCAGCGAGAAGAUGGCGGUGCCCAGCUUUGAUGCUCAGAGCACCGGAGAGGACCUGGGGAUGAGCGCGAGGUCAUACCUGCGCCAGGUGGAUGCCUGGUGUAAGGAGCUAUGCGUUGAGGAUUUGGCGGGUGACAAUGGUCUUACUAUCUUCAGGGCCUGGAUUCAAGAGAGGUAUCAGGAAGUGGAGGUGUCUAAGAUUGCUGAAAGCUUGACUGCAUUCUUCAAACGCCUACGACGACAGCCAGGCCAGACUAUAAGGGAGUUCAACUCAGCGUUCGAUAGGGGCCACUCGAGACUUCUUGAAAUCGAUUGUCGAUUGCCAGAGGUUGCCAAGGCUUGGGCUUAUUUGAACGCGCUCAGUUUGAGUAGUUCGGAAGAGUUGGCUUUACUGGCUUCGGUCGGGAACGAGUACAAUGUGGUUAAGCUUCAACGUGCAGCUGUGUUGCACGAGAAAUCGCUCCGCUCUCCAUGGCAGCCUCGCAAGGGACUUCAGCAGCAGGAUUUCACGAAAGGGGGUAAGGGGGUCAGGGCUACCUACAUGGCCGCGGUUGAUGAGGUUGAUGAGGAUGGUGAUGAGAUCCCGCCCGGCGAUGACGAACCCCUGGAAGAGGAAGAUGCAAUCGCCAUCCAUGAGGCGUACGUAGCUCAAGAAACAGCCAAAGCUAAAUAUCGUGAAAUCGCCAGAGCCAGAGGAGUUGAGCCGAGUGUGCUGAAGGAAGCGCGGAAGGACUCAGCUGAGGGCCCCUCUAAGGCAAACUUGGAGGACCGGCGAGCGCGCGCAAAAUCCAGGUCAUUUUGUGCAGGCUGCGGGAGGCGUGGCCAUUGGCAUAAAGACAGCACCUGUCCGCUUAACAGACCCGAGAAUCAGCAGUCAGGCCAUCGAGGGAACAUCGCCAAGGUGACCGGUGACCAGCAGGUGCAUGUGACGAGCUCGGCCGGUGAGGGCAACGGGAUAGUCCAGGUUGCCUAUGAGGUCGGUGACUCCGGUGGUAACAAGUUGUAUGCCAUCACAGACACUGCACGCAGCAAGACGGUCAUGGGUCAGGGUUGGUUGGAGGCUUACUUGAGGCUUGCGAAGAAUGCUGGACUUGAGACCCAGUUCGUGAACACUUCGGACGAUUUCCGUUUUGUGGCUUCAAAACUUUUCCGCGCAACCUACACGGCUACGGUCUUGAUGGAGGUCGGCGGUAAGCAGUUCGCGGUCCGAGCAGCAGUCGUCGAUGGGGAAGUGCCAUUGCUUUUGAGCCGAAAGGUUUUGAGCGCCUUGGGGAUGGUGUACGAUGUUGAUGAGAACACUGCUAGGUUCAAGCAUCUCGGUGUUGGAGAUAUUGCGCUUGCCGUUACGGAUAACGGCCAUCCCGCCAUUGUCGUCAAUCCGAGGGCAGGGCAGAGUCCUAAGUUCCCGUCUCCCCAAGAGUGGGCUGACAACGAGGUGAAGCUACUCCCUUUCGCCAGGAAGCAAUACAUGGCGCAUGCUGCAUUCAUGGCUUUCAGUACCGAGCAGAGUGCAGAGCAGCCUAACCUUGGUCAGAACAGAGAUCCGAAGCUUCCCUCGCGAGGACCUGUGGCUGGCUUGACACCCAAGCUGUUCUACCCGAAGAAGAUCAAUCCUACGAUCCGCAACCUCCUGUGUUUGUUCGAUCCCAGCAGUUGGAACACCGACCAGAGCCACACCAAACAAGUGACCCGCAACCACCACAUCCGGUUCUAUGGGUUGGUAGAACAGUCUUUUCUAGGGCGCCAACCAGUGCGUCCACUCCCGAGCUCCCGGCUAGCACCCCUGAUCUCGAUGGCGAGCUCCUCCAACGAAGCCCCGAAGUCGAUCUGGCAGAUGAACAAAGUGCAGCUCCUAGCAGAAGCUACUCGGCUGGGGAUAACAACGCAUCCAAGCUGGAGCACAGGAGAGGUGCGCCAACUCAUCUCAGACAAGAAGAAGGAGUCCAACGAGGAGGGGAACGUUCCGAAAGGACUCGCGUCAAUGACCAAGGAUCAGUUGAUCGAGGAGUGUGCCAAACUGGCAAUCAUCCCGCCUGCCGGGGCGACCAAGGGCCACAUGCAGUUGCUGAUUCGGGACUCCACUACGGCGGGGAAAGGGAGCUCAGUGGUGAUGUUCGGGAGGCACCAAGGGAAGCUCUUCAAAGAAGUGCCAAGGGCCUACUUGGAGUGGUGCGUCCUGGAGAUUGCGGCCAAGGGAAAGGAAGGUUGCUGCCAGGAUCUGGUCAAUCUGGGAUCGUACGCGGAGACAGUGCUCCACAAGAAGACGGCCAAGGCCUACAAUCCGGAGGAGGACCCUGCGGUCCCGCUUCCUCCGGACGAUGCCUCGGUGAGCUCGGCCUGGGAGUCGGAAUGGUCGGCGCUGUCGUUGGCGGCCAAGUCGAUGAGCGACAGCGCAGCGUCGAUGCAGAGGCCGUUUCCCCCAAAGGCAGCACCGAAGCGCUCCCAGGACCCAGUGGAGAGCACUCGUAUGCACCAGGAGAUUCCACCCGAGGCGAAAGCCGAGGACCUGAGCGAGCUGGAGGACGACGAUUUCCCUGAUGAGUCGGAAUAUGAAGUCGAGUCACCUCCGAUCCAUGUGCUCCCCGGGGCACGUGAUGAGGAUGUCUUGUCAGGGGAAGUUUUCUAUGAAUGUGAGGAGACGGCACCUCGUGACACAUACGAGGGAUCCAACGAACAUCGUGCGCGCGAUCUUCUCAGAAGAAAAGACUUCAGCUUUGAUGCCUGCGAAGGCCUUCUUGAGCAGGUCUGCAAGGAGUGUCAUGCUAGUAGGAAGCGCAAGAUCAACAGUGGGACGCAAAGUGUGGCGUUUGGAGGCUAUUCGCACGGCUGCCAUUACGGGGUGAUCCGACGCACCUACCAGCAUUGGUAUAUGACAAAGUAUGUGAAUGAGUUCAUGCGCUUUCACGGGGCUCGGGGUCAAUGGAGUAGCGUGCAAUUAUGCUUCAACUGCCACGUUGGUCCCCAUAAGGAUGCCCAUAACAUCGGUGAUAACUGGGCUAUCUCUUUUGGGCGUUUUGAUCGUGGUCGUCUCUGGCUAGAGCACUCUGGUGAGUCCGAGGUUCUUGACGGCCACGAGCUCCACGAGGCUAUCCUCUCGGACGGUUCGAAGGGCACCGGCUUCUUGGUUGACACAAGGCACAAGAUGGUGAAGUUUAGUCCCAAGACAAGACAUGCAGUGGAACAAUGGUCAGGUAGCCGAUGCAGUAUCAUUGCUUACACCACCCGUGGAUUGGGAGAGCUUUCCAGGCCUGAACGUGAUGUCCUUAGGAGCUGUGGGUUUCCACUCGGCAAGAGAGAGGGCACGCAGCAGUGGGAGAGAGAGCAUGUGGCUAGGCCCAAGAAGAGCAUCCGGCGAAGCAUCUGGAAGGGCGCACGUAGGGCAAGUUCAAUGUUGACGCUCGGUCUCGCAGCAGCUUCCUCCUACCUGUCCGAAACCAUGCCCCUUGGAAAGCCACCUCGCCAGGCAUGUUUGUUGGAGAUUGGCAAGGGGGACCUGACGCUCGACAUGUUAGAGGCCGGCUUCCAGGCGGUCGAGCCCAUCAGCUGGGCUGACUACGUCGAUCCUUGUCAAGUCCUUGAUGUGUCGAACACGAUUGAAAUCCUCAAACCCAACAUUGUCUGGUUCCAAGGUGAUGAUGAUACCGGGCGGGACUUUGACAAGGUGGUGGUCACAGCACAACGGCAACUAGAGCGAGGGGGUUCAGUUGUGUAUCAUGCCAAGAAGAACGAUUCUGUGUGGGAACAUGGAGCGAUGAAGUGUCUUAUCAAUGCGAAUCCUCAUUCCAUCGACGACCAAGGUGAUGCUUGGAUCCUCUGUGUCGGUGGAGCUCUUCUAGAAGCUGGUAUCUAUCCCGAAGGACGUGACGAUCCUGGUCACGAGGCUUUGGUGUCUUCGCAUGAAAACAAAAAGGAUCAUCAUGAUCACUUAGGAGCUUCAGCGAUCCACUUCGAGGGGAACGUUCCCAAGCAUGUGCAGACAGCUCUGACGAGACUCCACCAGAACUUGGGUCACCCGAAGAUAGUUGACCUUGUCCGGCAUUUGAGGUUUGCCGGGGCAGAUGAGUCAGUCAUCAAGGCCUGCCUGAAGAUGAGGUGUGAUGUAUGUGACCGAAAUCAGAGGACUGGGAGCGCAAGGCCAGCAGUACUUCCAUCACUACUCGACAUGAAUCAGUUGGUGAGCGUAGAUGUUUUCACUGUCUUUGACUCUGAGAGGGUGAGACACGAGUUCCUCUCCGUCAUCGAUCAUGCUACGACGUUCCACUUAGUCUGUGAGCUUGAGGGGCACUCCGGUGAUGACUUUUGCAGGCAGUUCACUCAGCUUUGGGGCAAUGUCUUUGGGGCCCCUGGGACCAUCUCUGCUGAUCUAGAAAGCGGACUUCAGGUUGGGGUGUCCAAGUAUGCGGAGUUCCACGGCUGUCGUUUGAGGUCUUCUGCAGGACAGGCACACUGGCAACAGGGAAUGAUAGAACGUCAUGGCUACUGGUAUCAGGAGAUCCUUCAGAGAGUCAUCGAUGAGAAGACUAUCACCAAAGAUGACAUGUACAUGGCUGUGCAGGCAGUGAACAGCGCAAAGAAUGAACUUCGUCGUAGACAUGGUUUCUCCCCGUCUCAAGCCGUUUUCGGUAAAGAUCCCAAAUCACCCGAGGAGCUCGAUGCAGGGGUUGAUGAGGAGAGGUUCAUUGAGAUCAUGUCGGGCGACCAGCGCCGGCAUCGAGAAGUCAGUGUUCGAGCCUCAGCACGAAUGGCCUUUUUCAGGACGCAGAUUGACUCUAAGUUUCGCAAAGGGAUGAUCCAGAGGGCUCGGGUGAAGAGAGGUGGUUACGCUGUCGGGGAGCUGGUUUGCUUCUACAGAAUCGAAAAGGUCGCGACCAAGCGCGGCCAAUGGAGAGGACCUGGGACGAUCAUAGGGCAUGAAGGCGGAAACUGGUGGGUCUCGUUCGGAGGCCGUUGCCACCUUGUCGCAGAGGAACAUCUGAGGCCAGCGACUUCCGAGGAGCUAGGUGAACUCUUCUCUACUCGGGUGGCACGCGAUGACCUUGAGAGGUUACUCGAAUUAGAUCCCGAUGAUCCGGAGACUUAUGACCCACCUGAUGAAGUAAUGGUCGGCCCCAGCGACCCAGCGCAAGAGUUCCCGGAGGAGUUCGAUGAUGACCUGGAGGACAUGGACUAUGAGCCUAGUCUUCCAAGAGAAGAGGCUAGGAAGGCCAAGAAAGAGAACUCCAAGGUGGCGAGUCAGAUGGGCAUCCUUAUCGCUCUGACUGAUGCACAGGGUUUUCGCGAAGGGGGCGGAAGGGCUAGCGUCAUAGACUGGAAGUCUUCUGCAAAUCCCCGCGUGUGCCGAUCAACUUUCGCAGCAGAGACGACUGCUUGCUCAGAGGCGGUGGAGAUGGGCCAGUAUGUGAGGUCUUUCGUCGAAACAGUCCUCCACGGGGAUCUUCAGAGGGUUGAAGCCCUCGCUGGCUCCAAGCUUCGAUGUUUGACGGACUGCAAAUCUCUUUACGAUCACUUGCAUCGAGAAGGGGUACCGCGUGUUCCAUCGGAUAAACGUCUGGCGAUAGACCUUGCCGCUCUUAGGCAGACUUUCAACUUGGAAAGGGUUCGAGAUAAGAUCCCGCUGUACUGGUUGCCUACCGAAUUCCAGCUGGCGGACAUCCUCACAAAACCCAAGAGUGCUGAUUCAUGGUGGGAGGUGAUCACAGGUUACAUCCGCUUACCGUUUGUCAAGAGAGCAUCCGGAACCUCCUGA